CGGGGUAGGCUCGAGUCCCAGGGCCCCCGCGGCUUCAGGCUCACAUUUUGGAGCGUCCCGCCGCGGCCGUCCAUCUUCUCUUGGACAAGAAUGUUCUGGACAGCCGGGCGUGGUGGUGCACGCCUUUAAUCCCAGCACUGGGGAGGCAGAGGAAAGAGGUUCCUUCCGCGGUGCUGAGUCGAGAUGGAUCCACUCAGGGCCCAGCAGCUGGCUGCCGAGCUGGAGGUGGAGAUGAUGGCUGAUAUGUACAACAGGAUGACCAGUGCCUGCCACCGGAAGUGUGUGCCUCCUCACUACAAGGAAGCAGAGCUCUCCAAAGGCGAGUCUGUGUGCCUGGACCGGUGUGUCUCCAAGUACUUGGACAUCCAUGAGCGCAUGGGCAAAAAGCUGACAGAGUUGUCCAUGCAGGAUGAAGAGCUGAUGAAGAGGGUUCAGCAAAGCUCUGGACCUGCAUGAGGCCCAGGCACAUGCAUCUGGGGGCACUUGUCUAGUAAAGUGCUCCCUGCUGGGUGUCAUAUGAAGACGGCUGUACUUUGCUGCUCUCUGGAGCAGUUGUCAGAGUCCUGAGUAGGGCAGAGCUCUCUUGGCUAAAGAAGAGGUAUUUGUCACGCUGGUCUGUGACCGUAUGUGUGCAUAUGUAUAUAUCUAUUAAAACAAGUUUGUUGACAUA